AUUUUUAGUUUAGUUUUACAAUGAUUAAUUUCUAUCAAUUUGUGACUCCUAUCGCCGCCCGUUUCGAUCGUUUUCAUGGGCCACUUCGAGCGAGGGUGCCGGCGACAAAAUUUAGACGACGAGAAUGUGACCAAUCAGACGACUGAGUUAGUGGAUUGUGUCUCCACUCGAUGAGAAAUGGAGAAUCGACCACGUCUCUCCACUGCCGUCAAUUUACAGAUCUUUGGCUGCAUCAGCGUCACGAUGGCACCAGGUCACCGGUGGUGACUGGAACUGCGGAUCCCGUCACCGCGCCGUAGGAUAAAUCCCACCCUCCAUGAAGCCCCCGACCCUGCGACCUGCCGGCGGCCGGAGAUGGAAGCGGCCGCGGAGAAAUGGACACGGGAAGACGACAAGCGCUUCGAGGACGCCCUGGCGACGGUGGCCUCUCAGCCGGAGGAGAACGGAGACGGCGGCGCGUGGUGGGAGAUGAUCGCUGCGAGAGUGCCGGGGAAGACGGCGGCGGAGGUGAGGCGGCACUACGAAGCGCUAUCGGAGGACGUGAAGGCCAUCGAGGCAGGACGCGUCCCGGUCCCGCGAUAUGCCGGCGAGGAGGCCGCGCCUUCGGGUUCGCCUCCGGCCAAGGAGAGGCACCGGCGUGAUAGCAACGGCGGCGGCCAUGGAUCGGCAGACAGGAACAGAGGAGUUCUCGAGAAUGGAGCAGGGCAAGGAAAGAGCUGCUCCAAAGCCGAACAAGAACGGCGAAAAGGAAUCCCUUGGACUGAAGAAGAGCACAGGCUUUUCCUCCUUGGUCUCGAAAAGUUUGGCAAGGGCGACUGGAGGAGCAUAUCGAGGAACUUCGUCACCUCAAGGACUCCCACUCAAGUAGCAAGCCACGCUCAGAAAUACUUCAUCCGGCUCAACUCCAUGAACCGAGACCGCCGGAGAUCGAGCAUCCACGACAUCACGAGCGCGAACGGGGUCGACGCGUCUUCUCCACCCGCUCCCAUCUCCGGCCAGAGCAACGCGGAUUCGACAGUCGUCGCAUCGCCAGUGAAGCAUCCUCUGCAGGCCAACGUUCCGGGAAUGGCCGUGUUUGGCCAUCCGAUCAGUGCGCAUACGGUUACGGCAGUGGGAACUCCGGUUAUGCUCGCUCCAUCUUACGUCAUGCCAGUCGCCUAUCCAGUUCCUCCACCGUCGAUGCAUCGAUAGCUCUUAGAACUGCUGUAGAGUUGAAGAAUUGAGCUGCGCUAUAAGCUUAAUGUAUAUAUGAUAUAUCUGCAAAACUCUAGGUUGGUGUUGUUCAGCCAAUAAAAAGAUUCAAGUUCAAGAACAAGGAGAAAUACAUGGAUUCAAGUUCAAGAACAAGGAGAAAUACAUCAGAUUACCAGAGAAAGGAGGAGCCAAGCGUGUGAAACACUAUGGGCUUACACAUUUAUGCUGAUAGUAUUAAUCUUGGAGAAGGAAAAUAAAUCCUAUUAAUUUUGUGUCCAAGAUUUGAUAUGGCCCUUUGGAUAACUUUGAAAGUUGAUUAUGGCCUUGCUGAAAUGGCCGUACUGGUUUAGCAAAUUUUUUGUCCCUGAAUUCAAAAAGAGGUCAAGGAAGAUUUCGAGGAGCCAUCAUGUGGAGUGGAGUAAACUAAUAAAUAGUAAGUUUGAUUAAGCGUUAAGGGUUCUCCAGUUGGGGUUGCUUGACUCUGAGUUUCCUUUAGUUUCUUGGAGCUGCUGAUAUAUUUUUUUUUUUUUUAAAAAAGGUACAGUUCGCAACAACUGUUUUGUAAUGAAGAAUUUACAAAUAUCUUCUAUUUAAA